CCUUCGGAGCCUGGCUGCUUCCCCUUGGCACAGGCUGCGGUUCCCUGGUCCAAUCCCCGGUGGAUCCUGUCCCUCCCUCCCUCUUUCUUGGGAGGGACUAAGGCAGCUCCCUGGGGAUAAAGAGAGGAGCUGUGGCCACUCAGCCCACAGUGAACUCCUUGAUCCUGCCCCCCCUCGGGAACAGCCACCAGGAGCCACCUCGCCAUGAAGCUGCUCGCAGUCCUCCUGCUGGCUGCCCUCCCCCUUUACUGCUCUGCAGGCGCUGGCUGCCAACUUCUCGAGGACGCUAUUUCAAAGGCCAUUAAUCCUGAAGUAACCCUAGAAGAAUACGAGGUUGCUCUCCAGGAGUUUUUGCACAGUGAUGCAGACAGAAACGCCGCGGAGCAAUUCAAACAAUGUUUCCUCAACCAGUCCAAUGAAACUCUGGACAACGUUCGACUGAUGAUGAAAUCAAUAUAUGACAGUACAUACUGCAGAGCUUUCUAAGUUUCCACCAGUCCUUUGGCUCAGAGAAUUCCUGAAGACGUGAUAAAGCGACCACCGAUGCUCUUCUGUUCUUUCCUAUUUUCAUCCCUGUACCUGUGACUGCAAGACACUCAUUGAAAUCUUAAAUGCAAUUUCAUUUCAAUAAACUUUCCUGCAAAUAUAAA